GCUUCAUUUUUCCAUUUUACAACACAUUCUAUUAAAUCUUUCUUAAUCAGUAACUGUGAACCGCCAAUCAUGGCUUCAAGAGCAGUGACGUAUUGGAGAUCAGUGGCGAGUCAGGCCAGAGCAAAUCGGUGGCUCACGACAGCGACGAUGCUGAAGAUGAAACCUGCAGCACCAACUACUACUGAUUUUGUGGACCAUCACCAUGGCGCCAAGUUAAGGGCACUGAAGGGAGAGUACGCUCCCAUCUAUAUGGUAUUGGGGAUGAUAUUGCUGGCAUUGUCGAUUGGUACACACACUGCAAAGCAACACCUGAUGCAUUCACCGAGCGUGCGAGUGAGCAAGAAGAAGAGGGAGGUUGUCGCAGAGGUGGUGGAUCCAGACCAGGUCACGAGCGAGGCAGACCGGUUUAUCAGCAAGUCUUUCCUUAGAAAGGUGGCCCAUAUUCAGGACUUUGAUUCGAUUCGUGCGGGAACUCAUGACCCCACUCGACCCAACCCCUUUAGCCAACCACGCAAUGUGGAGACUUUGGAGUCAGUGGGGGUGAAUCCUCGUGGCCAUUGAGAUCCCAAGCUUUUCUUCUGCAGAAGUCUUCUAGAUAUGUUUGUUUCUUUGUCCGUCCCCCCAUGGUUGGUGUUUCUUUCCUUCUGAUUUCCUGGUUGUCUUAGGUUCAUAGAUUUAAGAUGUAUUUUGAAUGUUGUGAGUACCUCGUGGCUUGGCAUUAGGAUAAAGCAUCCGCCACCCAAUACUACUUAUGGUCAAUUAAGAGUGUAUGAAUCAAAGCAUGUAAUUUUUUUAUAUCAAAAUUUGUAUUUAUUGGAUGUAUGUCCUAGAAGCUAAUCUUGGCUGACGCAUAUUAUAUCUCUAGGACAUGAUUUUGUACUUUAUGGAUAUUUAUAUUAUCAUUCAUGUAUUAUG